AUGGGUUCUUACGGCGGGGAGAGACGUAAGGUCAAAGACAUUUGCGUCGUUGGGGCUGGUCCCGCUGGAAUUGGCGCAUCAAAAUAUCUCCUUGCCGAGAACUGCUUCGAUACCAUCGACGUCUUUGAGCAGCAAGCUUCUUUUGGUGGCGUCUGGAAUUAUUCGAACGACCCCAUCGACACGAUUGAUAUUCCUCAGACCAAUCCACAUCAGCCUUUGGACGAACCAAUCUGGCGCCCUUGCUCAAAUCCAAAUGGCGUCGCAAACGGUGCACAAAAAGCAACAUUUGUGUCACCAAUGUACGAGCGUUUAGAGACCAAUAUUCCACACAGUAUCAUGAAGUUUUCCGAUAUGCCUUCACUGGAAGACCACCAGCUUUUCCCAAGCCGAGAAGUUGUCACACAGUACCUUGAAGACUAUGGCGAGGAUGUUAAGCAUCUUGUGUCGUUUCAGACUCAAGUGAUGGACAUUAGCCAGACACGACCAGGAGCUCACCAAGUCCGGCUCAAAGACCUCCGGACCAAUACAGUCUACGGAAAAAAUAUACGAUGCUGUUGUGGUGGCCAAUGGACAUUACACUGUGCCCAUCCUACCGAAGAUCAAAGGGAUCGAGAAGUGGAAUCAAACAAGUCCAGGCGUUAUCUCGCACACCAAGUUUUACCGAAGACCAAAGCCUUUUGCCGAUAA